GGUACAACAAUCGGUAUCCCGAUCGCGUCGCGGCUUCUGCACCUUGUCUGCUUCCGCCACCAUCUUAGGCUCAGCGAAUUUGUUCACUGCCGACGCCCGAGUGAAUAGUAUACACGCUAUCAGAUUGGAACACUCGCUUUUGCACGUUCAUAACAAGACGAUCGUCGUACAUAGCACGCCACACGGAAACAUCAUGGACUUCGACCUGGAAGAGCUUGUAAAUGUGGAGCAGACGUUUUAUGAAGAGGGUUACAAGGACGGGUUCGCACACGGCCGAAUCCAUGGUUCUAUCGAGGGCAGAGCCCUAGGACGAGAGAAGGGCUUCGAAAUGUGGGAGGAACUCGGCUUCUACGAAGGUUUUGCCAUGCUGUGGCAAGUCAUACUCUCCCAGAGAGGAACCGCAGACGAUCGGGCAGCACAGCAUAUUCGACAGCUCCUGGCACUUCUAGCUCAGUUCCCCCGCGUCAACCCGUCGGCUACGGAUCCAACUGAGCUUGACAUCCCGAAGCUCUUCCGACAAAUCCGUUCUCGUUACAAAGCACUGUGUGCCGCGCUGGGCGUCCAGCCGACGUUGCGCGCGGGGGCCCCGUCCGCCACCGCGGAAGACAGCGAUCCAGCUAUAGACUUGGCUGAUGCUCCAUCGGGUGGAUCAAAGAGUGUAUGGCCUGUGCAGCCUGCAGCCAACGCGCGUGCCGGGGCGCAGCUCAGUUUCUGAAGACUAUCCUAGCAUCUAUCUUAGUCUGUCGC